AUGACUAGACAAAUCACAGUUAUCGGCGCAACCGGCAUCCAAGGGGGGUCUGUCAUUAGAGCCCUGUUAAAAGACAGCGGCUACUCGCUGACAGCCAUCACUCGAAACAAAUCAAGCGACAAAGCAAAAAGUCUUGCUUCAGAUGGCGUUCGUGUCAUUGAGGCUGAUCUCGAUGAUAUUGCCUCUCUCCAAGUAGCGUUUGCUGGAACAUCCAUCAUUUUUGCCGCGACCAACUUCUUUGAGCCAUUCAUCAAAUACGGUAAUGAAGAGGCCAUUGACAUCGAGACAAGGCAGGGCAUCAAUAUUGCUAAAGCUGCAGCUGCAACACCAACGCUAGAGCACUUUGUCUGGUCGACGCUUCCCAACGCCUACCGAAUCAGCGAUGCCCGGUUCGCUAUUCCUCAUUAUGUGAGCAAAAACAGGAUCGACGACUUCAUCAAGGCGGAUCCGAUACUCCUCCAAAAGACGACAUUUCUCUGGGUCCCCACUUACGCAUCGAAUAUGAACUAUCCAUUCUAUCAACCGUUUCCGAUUCCAACGGCCGGGAAGAAUCGGUAUAUCCAAUUUCAACCAACUCCAGCAUCUGUGCAAUUCCCCAUGAUUGGCGAUGCAACUAUCAAUAUUGGACUUUUUGUGCGCGCCAUUAUAGAGCAACCUAAAAAGACGCUUGGCGGAAAAUUUGUCAAUGGCAUCACCGACAUUAUGACGGCUGGAGAGAUGCUUGCGACUUGGGCAUCGGUGCGUGGCGUGGAGGUAGAUUUAUGGCCGCAAUGGGGUAAAGCGAUGAAUAAGAUGCAUGAGUACUUGGAGUGGGCUAAGGAUCGUAGCUUCUCGGGUGAAGACGGUAUCCUCUCUAUGGAAGAUCUCGGUAUCGUUGGAUUAAGGGACACGCGGACUGCGUUUGCUGAGAUGAGCCGAUUGGAUAUUGGAAGGCAAAUGUAG